AUAUAUAUAUAUGUGUAUCAUCGUUGAUUGACUAUGAAUGAAAAUCGUUUAGUUGCCGUUAUCUUGUGACCUUGUAAAUCUUAAUGAGUGCUUGACGAACUAUAUUAAUGACAUAUAUAUCCGGGUACGUGAGUUGCGCGUUUAUUGAAACAAAAAAGAAAAAAGAUAAAAAGAAAAAAAGAAAAAUAAAGAAAUAAAGAAAUAAGUAAAGAAAUAAAUAAAUAAUAAAAAGGGAAAGAAGAAAAGAAGAAAAAAUGAUCGUACUUCGUUGUAUCAACGAUUCAAUGUGUUCUCGCGUAAAUAGGAAGUGAAUUGUAUCGUAGACAUCUUAUCUUUUUUUUUUUUUUGGCGAAGGGAGCGACGAAGAAAAAAAAAAGGAGAGAGAAGAGGAGGAACAGAACGAAUACAAAACAAAACAAUAGAAACGAACGAGCAAACAAACAAAGCGUUACAAGCUGACGAGUACUCGAGUGAAAUUAUUCUAUUCGUCUUCGUACAGGAUUUUUGUCUAUUUUCACGAACGGCGAUGGAUUCGCAGCAGCUCGUUGAAACGAGCUCGCAAAAUAGUCAGGACAUCGUCCUGCCAAAACCAACCAGUAGCACGCCACGACACAGCAUCGAUGCCAUACUCGGCCUGGCUAAUCACAAAAGGAAUCAUCAAGAGAUGGAAGACAGUACUCGCGAGUCUCAGGAGAACACUGGUGAGAACAGCUGCAACUCAACCGGCGGUGGUAGCGACGAGGAACUUGGCGCGGGUUGCGGGGACGAUAUUAACGGGAAUGGAGGAAAGAAGAAGCAUCGUCGUAACAGAACGACCUUCACCACUUACCAGCUGCACGAACUUGAGAGAGCAUUCGAAAAAUCUCACUACCCUGACGUUUAUUCAAGGGAGGAACUUGCCAUGAAGGUCAAUCUUCCUGAAGUUCGCGUUCAGGUGUGGUUUCAAAACAGACGAGCCAAGUGGCGUAGACAAGAGAAAAUGGAGGCUGCCAGGCUUGGUCUAAGUGAAUAUCAUCACGCCGCUAAUAUGAGAAAUGUCGGUGGAACGACUCUUGGAUUACCAGGGGAUCCUUGGCUCGCACCGCCAGGACUUUUGAGCGCGUUACCAGGAUUCCUGGCCGCACCGCACACAGGAUAUCCAAGUUAUUUAACGUCCCCGAGACGAUUGCCCUCUCCUCCUAACGUUGCCGCUGUGGCUAAUGCGGUCCCAGGAACAUUGGGAGGUGGAAUGCCAAGCAUAGGAGGAGGUAGUCAUGUCCAACCACCACCUCCGAGUCCACCGGGUCACGACCCUCGUACUACCAGCAUCCAGGCGUUAAGAAUGCGAGCCAAGGAACACGUCGAGAGCAUCACCAAGGGACUUCAAAUGGUCUGAAGUUUAACGUACGACUCGAGAAGAUAACCGAAUGUCCCAUGCACGGCUGAUGGCGAAUUCAUCGUCGCAGUUGUCAUCGAUUACGAGAAAUGGAAAUUACUACGAUCGACGAUUUUACCAUCAUCGAAAUUUUUCCAUUGAUCGUACAAAUUCCAUCUUCUUCGUUCUUAUAUAUAUAUAUAUUUAUAUAUACGUUGAUGAAUGAACUUUUAACUCUUUUGGAUCUUCGAGAAGGGCCCGAAAGCUCUAACAAAAUCGUUCUCCUCCGUUUUUAAAGAACUAUAACCGAGGAAUCUAAAGAAGUUAGUACCUGCUUUCGUUGUGUUCGUCGAGGAAGAUCCUGCCGUAAUGACAUUGAUGAUGAUGAUGAUGAUGAUAAUGAUGAUGAUGAUGAUGAUGAUGAUGAUGAUGGUGAUGGUGGUGAUGAUGAUGGUGAUUAUAGUGUUGAUGGUGCGCCGAUCGACGAAGUAAUUCGAAAUAAUUCGUUGAUAAAGUAAUUUGUUGAAACGAAGAACAAACAAGAGACAAAGCUAAGAGAAGGAAAAAAAAAACAAGACAAAAAAAAAGACGAGAAAGAAAAAAAAAAAUAUAUAUAUAUAUAUAUAUAUAUAUAUAAAACGAAAAGGGGAGGGGUGGGGGAGGAAGAUAGGGACGAAAAGAACGGAGGGAAAAGAAAGAAAGAAGAAAAAAGAAGAAAAAGCAAAAGAGAAUUACGAGUCGUGUUCGACGAUAAACGAUUAUUUUCCGAGUAAUGACUCAUCCAUUCGGAAUGAGAGACGAUCAGACGUAUUGUAUCGUUCCACGAUGAUGUGCAAUAUCAAUAAGAGAGUGAAAGUAUCUUUCGAGAGAUUUCAUUCGUAUUAUGCGUUCAUAUGCUCGUAACAAUAAGUGUGAUCUUAGGAAGGUGGGUGCGCGCAUGUAAGUAUAAAGAAAAAAGAAAAGCUGCAAAAAGAAAGAAGGAAAGAAAGAAAGAAAAAAAGAAAACGUUUCCGUUCCCUCGCACUCGAUCAAUUUGAAAGUCGGUGAAGUGUUUUUCUGUGACAAUCAUACUUAAAACGUGUGUAAUACGUGUACGACGAUGCGUGUAUCCGACGAUCAUAUGUUUAUACACGUGGAUGUGUUUGUGUGCGCGUGUAUGUAUGUAUGUAUGUAUGUAUGUAUGUAUGUAUGUAUGUAUGUAUGUAAGUACGUGCGUGUAUGCGUAAGAAAAUAACAAAUCGAGUACGAACGCUCACGUGAAUUGUAUUUCUACUUUGAUUUUAAGAAGAACUUAAGAAUAGAAAAAAA